AUGUAUCUUCCACGAGCGUUGAUCUCGAAAUUAUACACCCAUCUCCAGCAGACACGACACCCACUUUCACCACCUGUACUUAUACUUGUUGCUCUCGAACCCGACGCUCUUUGUGCUUGCAGAAUCCUCACUCGACUACUCAAACAUGAUUACAUUCCCCACAAGAUCCAACCCGUUGCUGGGUAUACCGAUCUCGAGAAAGCAGGUCGGGAACUGGUCAUGCCUAUGAUGGAGUCCCAGGGAGGCAGUGGUGGUGUUGUCGUAUGCCUUGGCGUAGGAGGUAUGGUCGAUUUAGGACCACUCCUGGGGCUUGAGCCUGAGGGUGAUGAUGCCCCUUAUAGUGGCGUCGAGGUUUGGGUCAUGGAUGCUCACCGGCCCUGGAAUCUUGGUAACGUUUUCGGUGGCUUUCCCCUUGAUCCUGCAACUGAGGUUUCCCCUUCGUAUCAAUCAAGGAGUCCUGCGGGAGUCGAUGGGGGCAAGAUCACCCGGGUAUUCAAUCCUGGUAAAGGCGGUAUCAUUGUCUUCGAUGAUGGUGACAUCGAUGAAGAUAUGGAGACCGAACGCAACGCGUACCUCGCCUUGAUAGACAUGCCUGAUGUUGAUGACGAUGGUGACGAUCUUGGAGACACCGACGACGAAGAUGAAGACGAGAAUGUUGAAAAUACCACCCAGGAACCGGCGCACGCGGGUCAAAAAAGAAAAAGCUGGUCAGAUGCAGAGGAUGACAGCGAUGAUGAUAGACCUCGGCAACGUCGGAGAAGUAACUCAUCCAGCUCUAUUCCGGAAUCACCACGACGCCCACAACAAAGAGGGCUCAUCUCUUUACAACAACUUGAUCUUGGGCUAUCAAGCGAUCCAGUCGAGCCCCCCUCUGGAGCACAACUGCCUACAGGUCCGUCUGCACGCGCACUACGAAGACGACUACUACGAAUGCGAGAAAAGAAUGAAGCCAUUCUGCAGCAAUAUUACAAGAUUGGAUCCUCAUUUUCUGAACCGUUGUCAUCGAUGAUGUACUCACUUGCUUCCGAGCUGGGUAGGGAAGACAACGACCUGCUAUGGCUAACGAUAGUGGGGGUCACGUCAAUGGAGCUGUAUGGUCGUUCAUCAGCAGGCAUCUCUGCACCUAUCCGGCAAAGCGAUAAGAAUCGCCCAACAGGUUGGUUAGGAAUCAGGGGAACCAGAAUACGACAGCUACUUCGUGACGAGGUUAGACGAUUGAACCCACCAGAAAUCACAAACGGGCGUGUCGCUGUGGAAAAUACAGGUGUAAUUCCUACUACAGCAAGGAAUCCAGAAGACACGGGAAUUCGCCUAUCCCCUGAACCCAGAUUUCUGCUCAUUCGGCACUGGAGCCUCUACGACAGCAUGCUGCACUCACCAUAUCUCUUUUCUCGUCUCAAGACGUGGAGUGAAACAGGAAUCAAGAGACUACAUAAGCUACUUGCAAAGAUGGGAGUCAGCUUAGCUCAGUGCAAACAGAGCUAUACUCAUAUGGACAUGAUGCUGAAGCGGGAGCUUAGAGCAAAACUACUGAAAUACGGUUCGCUUUACAACCUUGAUGAGAUGGUACCAUCAGUCGAUACGGAUGGCAAAGACCGUGGUGGUGCAAAAGAUGGAUGGGGUUUUGUUCGCAGUUGGGGAUGGCGAGCAACAUUGAGUGCCCAGGAUGUGGGUGUCGUUAUUGGUGCACUCCUGGAAGUGGGCAAGCAUGCUCAGAACACAGACUCAGCUGUAGCUGCAAGUCAGUCUACUCGAGAUGUUGAGGAAGAGGUCGAUUUUGCAGCUCAGGGACAGGAAUGGAUCGAGAGGUUCUGGGAGGCAUACGAUGCGCUUGAAAACAUCGACGCAUUGAAGGCCGGUCUUCCAACUGCUCAGUUUCUCCACCGAGCAAUCUACCGGACAGGAACAUCUCUCAUCAACAAGAAGCAAAUAAAACACCUUCGGGCGUUUCGCAUGUGUGUUGUGAAGGAGGGCCCCGAUGUGUCGCUUUUCACUCAUCCCGCAGCUCUCACCAAGUUAUCACUCUGGAUAGGCGAAGCCCUUGCAGAACAAGAGAGGGAAGCUCACGGCAAGUUAUCUCAUGGCGGCCGUGGUACACCUCUUGUUGUUGCUGGCCUCAAUGAGAAACGCGGUGUGUAUAUCGUGGUGGGCACUGGUGGAGGAGGAGGCCCAGACACGACUCUCCUCGAUAGAGAAGCCGCCAAACAACAGAAAGCAGAAAGAGAAGCAAGGCUCAAGAAGAAAGACGAAUCACGAUUAGCGAAGCAAAAGGUCAGAGAGGAUAAGCGUGCAGCCCGACGAGACGCGGGUGGCGACGAGGACGAACUGGAAACGGAAUCAGAGGACUCGGAUAGCUCGGGUUCUGACGCAUCAGAUGACGAAGAUGUCGAGCGCGAAAAGGGCUAUGGUCUGAACAAGUUUGGUAUUGCAUUUCAAGAGGUGGUGUCAGAAACGAACACGCGGGUGCGGAUCGAUAGCUUCGAGCAUUGUGUGGUUGAGGUGAAGAAGGAAGAUCUUGGUGGAUUCCUCGAAAGCCUGAGUAUGAAGGUUGUUGAUCUACUGGAGAAUGCGCUGGAAGGCUGGGCCAUUGGCCACUCUAGCCACUCUAACGCCUGCGGAGCUGUUGCCAUGUUGGAGCCUAUGGAUCCAUGUGGGAAGCUAGUUCUUGAGGAAGGUGUCUCUCUCGCCCUCGUGCUCCUUCCCAGUCUGACAAUGGGCUCCUCGCAGUCUCGCACAUGUAUCAAGUCCAAACUCUCGCAAGAUCAGCUCCUCGAGCUUCAAAAGUCGACCCAUUUCGACAAGAAGGAGCUGCAGCAAUGGUACAAGGUCAACACUACUUCGUCCUAUGAGAAUGGUUAUCUAAUAUCAAUGCUAGGUUUCCUCAAGGACUGCCCGUCAGGUACACUCACCAAGGAGGAAUUCCAAAAGAUCUACAGACAAUUUUUCCCGUUCGGAGAUCCGAGCUCGUUUGCCGACUAUGUAUUCAACGUUUUUGAUAGCGAUAAGUCGGGAACUAUCGACUUUAAAGAAUUCAUUUGCGCCCUGAGUGUUACUAGCAGAGGCAAGAUGGAAGACAAGCUGGACUGGGCUUUCCAGUUAUACGACAUCGACGGUGACGGAAAGAUUAGUUACGACGAGAUGCUUAAGAUUGUCGAAGCUAUCUACAAGAUGGUCGGUUCCAUGGUCAAACUACCCGAAGACGAAGAUACCCCCGAGAAGCGAGUGAAGAAGAUCUUCCGCAUGAUGGACAAGGACGAAAACGGCAGUCUAGACAUGGAAGAGUUCAAGGAGGGUAGCAAACGGGACGAGACCAUUGUCUCAGCGCUAUCCCUCUACGACGGUUUGGUGUAG